CACCUGAAGUUUUAAGAGGUCAACCUUAUACUUUAGCUAGUGAUAUAUAUAGUUUUUCUAUAAUUAUAUGGGAAUUUAAAUAUGGAAUUCCUCCAUUUGAUAAUGAAGCCCAUGAUUUUCAACUUAGUUUAAAUAUUUGCAAAGGUAAACGUCCUAAAAUCAUUAAAAACAUUCCACAAUGUUAUAAUAAUUUAAUGAAAAAAUGUUGGGAUAUGAAUCCAUUAAAAAGACCAACUGCAUCAGAAAUUAAAAGGAUUAUUGAAAAUUGGAAAGAAAAUAUCAUUGAAGAAGAUUUUAAAAAAGAAUUAAAGGAUGAUAUUUUAGAUUUUUAUAAAGCAGAUAAAAUUAUUAAAUGGAAAUCAAGCAUUAAUUUAUCUGUAUCUAAAAUAAUUAAUAAUGAACUUACUUUAAAAUUUCAUUUAAAUCCUUUAAUUGAUACAAAUUUCAAAAGUUUAGCUUGGAUUAAUAAGAAAAUGUUAGCAUUUCAAAUCUCUGAAGGAUUAAAUUAUUUGCAUAAUGAAAAUAUCCUGCAUAGGGAUCUUGUAAAUGAUAUUGAUGAUCCAGUAGUACUUUCUAUUGCUAUUGCUAAAGGAGCUCGUGAAGCUACCAUAAAUAAUACUCCUGAAGAUUAUGAAAAACUUUAUAAACAAUGCUGGGAUUCAGAACCUGGAAAACGACCGACUAUUAAUAUAAUAUUAGAAAAUAUUAAAAAAUUUAUUAUUGAAAAUCUUUAUCAAACAUGUUUAGAUUCAAAUCCUGAGAAAGAACCGACUAUUUAUGAAGUAUUAGAAGUAUCUAAAACUAUGGGUUUGUUAGGUUUACCUUUUGAAGAACUUUUUCAAAAAUAUUUUGACAAAUGUCCUAAUAAAGCGGAGAUAAAUGUUAAUGAUAAUAAUAUCUCAGCUGAAGAAAGUUUCAAUUCGAUUUCAGAAAUGCAAUCUGAUGAAUUAGAUCUCGAUAAUAUUCAGUCAAAAUCAUAUUCCGAUUUAUGUCUUUAG